GGCUAGAAUGUGGUGGGAGGAAGGAGGGUGAAGACGGAGAAUCUGGGGGAAUCUGACGGUAGUGCGUGAUACGUUGUCGUUCCGGUCGGAGUCGUUUGUCGUUUCGCGACGUUAAAAAAACAGAGUUUACAUACGUCGUGGUUGCGGUGUGUGUCGAGUGUGUCAUUGCGUCUCGUCGAUAUUGCCGAGAAAGCAAAGAGAGAGAAAGAGAGAAAGAGUGUGCGGUCCGUCGCGUCGUCGUCGUAAAUCGUCCGCGAUCGCCCGUGAAGCGUUUAAAGCCGGUCGUUGUUACGUAGUACUUCAGUACGAACCUUACUGCGCGCCUCACCUUGUCUCGCCUGUUUCCGUCCCGUGUUUCGUUUCGUUUCGUUCCACGGCCUGUCGUCCGUCCGGUCGCCCCGGACCGCCUCGUCGUUGCCGAAAACGCGCAAAGUGCAUGCUACCGCUAGAUUGACAGGCGGAUCUGCGCGGCACACGGCGGAGGAUGUUGGAUCGCGACACGGCGAUACACCUCGUCGCCGGAGGAGUGGCUGGCACUGCAGGAGCAAUAGUAACUUGUCCGCUUGAAGUAGUAAAGACCCGGUUACAGUCUUCGUCUUCCGGCUUUCAUCCGCCCCCAAUAAGCAAGGAAUUCACAUCUGGCCAUCCGACAUGCAAAGGUUCACCGACGCCUGAACAACGCAGAAGACUCUGUACUGGGUAUCCCAGGUAUUCCAGUCACUUUGUAGCUCUCUCACAUUUCGGCGUCUCGACCUCGCCUCCGGACUCUUCCCGACACGCGCCGGGUAUUUAUCAAUGCUUAAGAUACAUCAUCAAGAAUGAGGGUGCACGAGGACUAUUCAAAGGCCUUGGUCCGAAUCUCAUUGGCGUGGCACCCUCCAGAGCUAUCUACUUUUGCGCGUACUCCAAGAGCAAAGUUGCGUUCAACGCGAUUUUACCUCCUGACACGCCGAUCGUCCACGUUUUCUCCGCGACCUGCGCUGGUUUCACCGCGUGUACAUUGACAAAUCCAAUUUGGUUCAUAAAAACCCGACUACAGCUGGACCACCGAUCACAAAAAGUCACAGCGAUAGAAUGCAUGCGGAGGAUAUAUCGACAAUCGGGUAUCCUGGGAUUCUACAAAGGUAUCGUGGCAUCCUACGUAGGCAUAAGUGAGACUGUGAUACACUUUGUGAUAUACGAAGCUGUGAAGACGUGGCUAGCUACACAUAGGUCACGAGCUUCUCAAACAGAUGAUAGGAAGACGUUCCGCGACUUCAUCGAAUUUAUGGCGGCAGGCUCAUUUUCAAAAACGAUAGCGUCAAUUAUUGCUUAUCCUCAUGGUAAGAACAUAUACGUUUAUUAUACGUUUAUUAUACGUUACAUUAUUAGUACAUAUACAUAUACAUAGAAUUCACGAAACUCGCAAUUAAAGAAGGGUGUUAAGUAAUUUUGUCUGUUUUUUCAACUAACGUUAAGAUGUUGCGAUAUAUAUAAAUUAUCGUAUUAAAUGUCAUAUUAAAGGGCUACUUAAACGGAAAUUUAUAUCAGUAAUUAAAAUGUUUUAUCUCUGUACAAACUAAGAGAAUCAUUAUUUA